CGCGCUCCUGCGGCGGCGGCGGCGGCGGCGGCCGUCCUCAUCCCGGCGGCCCAGCGCUUGAGUAGACGCGGGGCUUCGCAAAUGGCUUGUGCCGCUCUCGGUCUGGAAGCUCUUCAGCCCCUGCAGCCUGAGCCGCCCCCCGAGCCCGCGUUCUCCGAGGCGCAGAAGUGGAUCGAGCAAGUAACUGGCAGAAGUUUUGGUGAUAAAGAUUUUCGGACAGGGUUAGAAAAUGGAAUCCUUCUCUGCGAGUUGCUGAAUGCUAUAAAGCCAGGACUUGUUAAAAAGAUCAAUAGAUUGCCUACCCCCAUUGCAGGAUUGGACAAUAUCAUAUUAUUCUUGAGAGGUUGUAAAGAGCUCGGCCUUAAAGAAUCUCAACUUUUUGACCCGAGUGACCUACAGGAUACGUCCAACAGAGUAACAGUCAAGAGCCUUGAUUAUAGCAGGAAGCUGAAAAAUGUACUAGUGACUAUUUACUGGCUGGGCAAAGCAGCGAAUAGCUGUGCAUCUUACAGCGGGACAACGCUAAACCUGAAGGAGUUCGAAGGCUUGCUGGCUCAGAUGAGGAAGGAGACUGAUGACGUUGAGAGCCCUAAACGUAGUAUUCGAGACAGUGGCUACAUCGACUGCUGGGACUCUGAGCGCAGUGACUCCCUCUCUCCCCCUCGACACGGCAGAGAUGAUUCCUUCGAUAGCCUGGAUUCCUUUGGCUCCCGUUCCCGGCAGACACCUUCGCCAGAUGUAGUCCUCAGGGGAAGCAGUGAUGGGAGAGGAAGCGACUCUGAAUCCGACUUGCCCCAUCGGAAGCUGCCGGAUGUGAAGAAGGAUGACAUGUCUGCGAGGCGGACAUCCCACGGUGAGCCAAAAUCAGCAGUGCCUUUUAACCAGUACCUCCCCAACAAAAGCAACCAGACAGCCUACGUCCCCGCACCUCUGAGAAAGAAGAAAGCAGAGCGAGAGGAAUAUCGGAAGAGCUGGAGUACUGCCACCUCCCCCCUGGGUGGGGAGAGGCCCUUCAGCUAUCCUGAAACAAUAGAGGAAGAGGGAAGUGAAGUGGGGUCUCCUUGUGAAGAGGACCCCGUCCGCCGAAUGGACCCUGGUGGGAAGCCUCCUGGUGGUGGGUUAGAAUUACCCACCGGCAGUGGGAAGGCGCAGCCUCCUCCAGAGGGGGCUGCGGUGGCACCAGCUCCCAAGUCUGAAGAGGAAGAUGCUGCUGAAAUCCAAAAGCGCAGAAGGCUAGAGCAAGCUGGAAUCAAGGUCAUGCCAGCAGCACAGCGCUUUGCCAGUCAAAAGCAAUUAAGUGAUGAGAAAGAAGCUGUUCGAGAUAUUAUCCUUCGCAAAGAAAAUCCUUUCCUGAUCCACCAACACAGCAGAGAUUCAGAAUCAGAAGAUGAGGUUGCACGUCGACUGCCUGAUCUUGAGAAAGAUGACUUUGCCGCCAGGAGAGCUAGGAUGAACCAGACCAAGCCAAUGGUGCCACUGAAUCAACUCCUCUAUGGGCCUUACCGAAAAAAAGAGGCAGAGAAAUCAGAUGGCAGCAAGCAACCCUCCAAGGGAAUCUCAGAAAAGAAAAGUCUAGAACAUAAAAGAAACCAAGGCCAAACGGAAGAGGUGAAGUCGAGGGUGACCUGUAUUGUGCGGGCUCAGGAGAGUGAACCUGCGGAAGAGGGGCUCAGGCAGGUGCCGGAUCUUCACAAGGAUGACCUGGCGCAGCGCAGAAUUCAGGGCAGGCUUGGCCCUCACCGCGAGGCUCCGAGCUUUGUCGCGGUCGCCAAUAUAACAGAAGCCGACCGGGAGACGUGGGAGAGGCUGAAAGUGUCAGGAAAGAAGAGGGAUGGAGAUGUGGAGCACACGUGUGCCCCUGAGCCUUCACCAGAAAUUAAAGCAGAAACUGCCCUCCGUGAUGACUUUGCCAGCCGCAAGGCAAGGGCUUAUAAGAAAGCUUCCAGCCCUAGGCAAAAGUUCGUGCACUUCGGACCAGUGACAGAGAUAGAUCAGCAGACAUGGAAGCGGCUCAGCAUUGGCAGGGCUGGGCCGAAGGAGGAUGCAGAGGAAGUCAUCAGUCACAGCCGCAAGAUUCAGACGUACUCUGUGUCCCCUGCCUUGGCGGCCAUGUCCAGUUUACAGGAAGACCACAGGCUUAAUCCACAAAAUGACUGCAGAAUAGUGACGUCUGGUGUAGAUGACCGUUGUAAGAGGGUCUGCCGGCUGGCUGUGGUGCCGGAGUCCCAGGAAGAGCAUAGCUGCAGUUUAGGUGAGUGCCCGAGGAGGACAGAGAAAGUUACCUGCAAACAGCUGCCGCAGGAUGGCAAAGAAGCGACUGAAGGAGUUGUUCAAAGAGGUUCUGAGACGGUGCCAAAGGCUGAAAGAUCCGAGGAGAGCGGCCAGCCACUUUCAUGUCCUCUGACCUCUGAAUGGGAGGCCUCAGAGAGAGAAGAGAAGUCAGAGAAGAUGACAGCUCCUGCCUGGAGUGGCAGUGGACUGAAAGGCCCAAGAAAAUUGUAUGAGUCACAGAAAGAUGAUGCGAUGGCCAGGAGAACUGGGAUAUCUCUUAGACACCUUGGAUCCAAGCUAAACCAGUUCCGUCCAGUUCCAUCUGCAAAGCAACGCAUUGUGGAGGGAUCUGCCAAGGGUCCACCAAUAAAAGAUAAGAGAUACGGACCGAGAACUCCUGUGUCUGAUGACGCAGAGAGCACGAGUAUGUUCGACAUGCGGUGUGAGGAGGAGGCCAAGGUGCAGCCGCACAGCAGGGCCCGCCAGGAGCAGCUGCAGCUGAUAAACAACCAGCUGCGGGAAGAGGAUGACAAAUGGCAAGAUGACCUGGCUCGUUGGAAGAGCCGUAGAAGAAGUGCUUCUCAGGACUUAAUCAAGAAAGAGGAAGAAAGGAAAAAAAUGGAGAAGUUACUGGCUGGAGAGGAUGGGACGAGUGAACGAAGGAAAAGCAUCAAAACCUACAGGGAAAUUGUCCAGGAAAAGGAGCGGAGAGAGAGGGAGUUGCAUGAGGCAUACAAGAAUGCACGGUCCCAGGAGGAGGCGGAAAGGAUCCUCCAACAGUACAUCGAGAGGUUCACCAUCAGCGAAGCUGUCCUUGAACGCUUGGAGAUGCCAAAAAUUCUGGAAAGAAGCCAUUCAACAGAGCCAAACUUAUCCUCCUUCCUGAAUGACCCCAACCCCAUGAAAUACCUGCGGCAACAGUCACUGUCUCCACCCAAAUUCACUGCCACGGUGGAAACCACCAUCGCUCGUACCAGUGUACUGGAUGCCAGCAUGUCAGCAGGCAGUGGGUCUCCAAGCAAAACUGUCACUCCCAAAGCAGUGCCUAUGCUGACACCCAAGCCUUACUCCCAGCCCAAAAACUCUCAAGAGGUCCUGAAGACCUUCAAGGUAGAUGGGAAAGUCACCAUGAAUGGAGAGACGGUUCACAUUGACGAGGAGGAGAAGGAAAGAGAGUGUCCCCCCGUGGCACUUGCUCCCUCGUUGACCAAAUCCCAGAUGUUUGAAGGUGUGGCCAGAGUGCAUGGGUCCCCCAUGGAGCUGAAACAAGACAACAGUAGCAUUGAGAUCAACAUAAAGAAGCCAAGUUCUCUUCCCCAAGAGCUGACAGCAACGACUGAAGAAACUGAAACAAACAGUCAAGAAGAUGAGAAUGAUGGUGAAAAAACAGAAAAAGGGAAUACAGAAGUUGCCUCAUCAGAGCCACAGUGUUUUACAUCAACUGUGACUCGAUCCAGCCCGACCGUGGCCUUUGUGGAGCUUUCCUCCAGCCCCCAGGUGAAGAACGAGGUGCCAGAAGAGAAAGACCAGAAGAAACCGGAAAACGAAAUGAGUGGAAAGGUGGAACUGGUGCUGUCACAAAAGGUGGUAAAGCCAAAAUCUCCAGAACCAGAAGCAACCCUGACGUUUCCAUUUCUGGACAAAAUGCCUGAAAGCAGCCAAUUACCUUUGCCAAAUCUCAGUUCUCAAGUGGAUUCUCCAAGCAGUGAAAAGUCACCUGUAACUACGCCUUUGAAGUUGUGGGCUUGGGACCCGGAAGAGGAACGCAGGCGACAGGAAAAAUGGCAACAGGAGCAGGAACGUUUGCUCCAGGAGAGAUACCGGAAGGAACAGGACAAGCUGAAGGAAGAGUGGGAAAAGGCCCAAAAGGAGGUGGAAGAGGAAGAGCGCAGAUACUAUGAGGAGGAGCGCAAAAUAAUUGAGGACACUGUAGUUCCAUUUACUAUUUCUUCAAGUUCUGCAGACCAGCUGUCUACAUCCUCCUCUGUGACUGAAGGCAGUGGGACAAUGAAUAAGAUGGACUUGGAAAACUGUCGAGAGGAGGAACAAAAGACAAGACAGAAGAAACCAUUCCAGGGGGAUAACAGUGGCUCAUUGCUUAAGACUAAGGAAGGUGAUCCACUGGAGGAAAAGGGCAGCCUAACUCAAGGAGUCUUGACUCAUUCUGAGAACCCUGCAUUGAAAGGAAUAUAUCAGGACCUCCAGCUGGAUACAGAAGCUGGGGCCUCACCCUGUGGGAUGAACCCACAGCUAGCUCAGGAUCCAUCCCGGAAUCAGCAGGUAUCAAACCCACCAAUGCACAUUUUAGAAGAUGUGAAGCCAAAAACCCUCCCAUUGGACAAAAGCAUUAAUCAUCAGAUUGAGUCUCCGAGUGAAAGGCGGAAGAAAAGCCCUCGCGAGAACUUCCAGGCUGGGCACUUGUCCCCCUGCUCCUCCACCCCUCCUGGCCAGUCACCAAACAGGUCUAUAAGUGGGAAGAAGCUGUGCUCUUCGUGUGGGCUUCCAUUGGGUAAAGGAGCUGCAAUGAUCAUCGAGACCCUCAAUCUCUAUUUUCACAUCCAGUGCUUUAGGUGUGGAAUUUGUAAAGGACAGCUUGGAGACGCAGUGAGUGGGACGGAUGUUAGGAUUCGAAAUGGUCUUCUAAACUGUAAUGACUGCUACAUGCGAUCCAGAAGUGCUGGCCAACCCACAACAUUGUGACGUGGUUUUCGAGCUUCCGGAUCACUCACCAUUUCCUUACUGAGGGUGUCCCCUGGCAAUCGUUUAACAAAACCCUAAGUGCAGGGGCUCUUCAGCAUUCAUCUAAUUUCUGAAAGGCUAUUCUAAAAGAUGGUAUCUGUUCUUUUGUAGCACAGUGUUUGUGUUUUUCCUGCUUUCCUUUUUUUUUUUUUUUUUUGGCAUUUGCACAGUAUAUACAAAAGAAUAUUGAAUUGUAACGAUAUUGAAUAGUUCCAAAAAAAGGUCUUAGCAUGGUCAAACAGGCUUACAGUUUAAAAUGUGUUAUUCUCUUCUUUGGGAGUUAAUGAGAUAAAUGAUGCAAUAAACCUGGGGUUUUUUUAGCAUUUCUAGGAAUUAAAAACUUUGUGUUUACAGAAUUGAGCUGCAGAAAAUGCAGGACAUGCCAAUUUGAGACAUGUGGUCUUCUGAGACAGGAGCAUACAGUUAAUGCAUUUCAGAAACUAAAAAUCAGACCAUCUAGCUCUGAGCUAUAACUUGUUUUUAAUGCAAAGAUGCUAGUCUGAUAAUAUAUACUGUAAUCCUGAAACAUUUGUGUUACUUACUUUUUGAGGUGGAAGUCAUACCAAUAAAUUAUUGCACCGUUAGUGUUAGAUUCUGUGUCCUUUGGAAGUUAUGCCAUUGCUGUAGGCUGACCCAUCACAUAGAGAGAACCCUUGCUAUACGGGCUAGGCUUACACUCUGGGACAUUGCCCAAGGGUAGGAAGAAACCAGAGGGACAUAAUUCAGUCAUCAUUUCCAAAGUUAUUACCAAAAUCUGUGAGGAAGUUUAAUCUUCCAAAGAGUGGUGGGUCAAUGAUAGCCAGGAGGGCUUUGUUGCUUGCUUCUCUUCAGGCUCUAGAUUCAAUAAGAGGCUCAGUGUGGGACAUAUGGAAGCUCUCAUUGAGAUCAGCCCAUCAUUAGGUGUGACCACCGCUCACCCUUGCCUGCAAGUUCUCCUUGGGGGUCUGAAGCCCAGGUGGCUAAAGUAAAGCAUUAAGUCCAUCUUAAUAGAAUCUGAAUGACAUAUGAUGUGAGAAGCCACUAGCACGUGAUCGACAAGAACCUACUGUUCACAUCGUGCCCUGUCCACCCUCCUGGAUACCUACCUGCUCUCCUCACGCCCUACAUCACCAACUCUCUUUACUACCAAGAAUACUGGACCUUGCUCAUGGAGAAGUUUAGCGAGAAACUCUUGCGGAGAGCUGGUUUAUUUUUUGCCCUGUGUGAUGAAUUUCAUCUGGCCAAGAAAGGAAUCAAGUUACUAAAAAGCAUCACAUUUUAGAUCUCCAGGCUGUUUUCUUUAAGACUGGGGAAAGGGGGACUAUUUAUUCUGCCUUAAAAUGAUGGCAAAUAAGUGAUGAUGACAGAUGACAUUUUGUGAAUGUAGACUCCAGAUAUACUCCUAAUAGGUUAAUGUAGUCAUAAAAAGAAAUCAAGUAGAUGUUUUUCUGUUAUGUAAGCAAUAAUUUUUUUUCUGUGUCUUAUUGAAUAUGACUAGCAAUUAUUUAUUUACAUGCUAGACGGUUCUCUGCAUGCGGGUUCCAUGUAAGUACAGAAAUUUCCUCAGCCACUGGAGGUAUCUUGACCAUUUUGUCAUUUGGAUGAGCUGUUGUUAGAUUGAAAUUUACACAUCAUCUCAUUUAAAAUUGUGCCUUAGAAAAUGCAAAGCUGUUACACAUAGUCAGUGAUGAAUUAAGGAUGCAGUACAUUGAAGAGAGAUGAAGUCCCCUCCAAGUUCUCAAGACUUCUCGUGGAGGUGUUCGCUGUUUUACGGGAGGAAAAAAAUUUAAAAAAAGAAAAAGAAAAAUAGAAAAACUAAAAAAAAGUACGUUUUGAACAUGUACAGAUUAAGUCCAAUAUUUUGAUUAACCACCUGCAUGUUUUAUUAAAUAUUUUGAUAAUGUGGAUGUUUACACUUUGCAUGAUCCUAGCAGAGUACUUUACCACCAGUAAUGCACAAACAUGUACAAUAUGAUUCUUCAUAACCGAUUUUUCUAGAAUACUUUUUACAUGUGGAACUCCAUCUGUUCUGUAAGGAUUCUAUGAAUAUUGCACAUUCUCUGCUGGUUUCACAAACUCAUUUAUACAUAUUUCUUAGUGAGACUCAUUGUACAUUGUAUUGAAGCUAGAAUCAAGAAAACUAAAGCCCCAUCUCCAACUGCGAAAUGUGCUUUUCCAUAAUGAACAAUAGUCACCAGCACAGAAUAAUCUCCAACAUUUUCUAAAUUCUAAUUGCCAACUGUUUCUAUUUAUAUUUGAUUUAUAUUUCAUUUGGAGUCUGUUACAUGGCAGCUCGGGCAGACUAGAUCUUGUUUUUUCCAAUGCAGCAUAAUGAGUAUGACCUAUUUCUUUUCAAAUAAUCUUUGAGAUCCCAGGAAAAAAAAAAAAGUGCUCUGCUCUGUUGAGCUACAAUGUAAAUGUGUUUGUUUAAAAAACAGAUGAGGCAAGUGAGUGAUUUAUUGUUCCUGAGGAAGUAUAUCUUUUUUUUUUUUCUUAUACUUCAAAAGCUUGUCCCUUCUCUUUCUUAAGGAAAAAAAUGGGUAACUCUUUGUUUUUCACUUGCAAACUUUCAUGACAUGUGUUCAUUCUUUCCGUGUAGUGUUACUAAUGCAAUACAUAUUAUAGUUAUCUAUACACAGUGUAAGACUUAACAGGCUGAAAUGAUCCACCUCAUAUGUGAGUCCGUCCAAAAGAUGUUACUGUUCUGGGUGGGCCAAUGUUCUAUAUCAGUUACACUAACCUUCAUUUAAAAUAUUUAUUCUAAAAUGCCUCUGAGAAAUAGUAAAAAAUAAACAUAAAAAAGUUGUCUAAAAUGCAACAGCUUUUAUAGUAAAUGUACAUUUAUAAAUAAAAUACUCAAAUCAA